AGCCUUGUGUUUCCAUCCUGAACAUCUCUUGAGUCCUUUACAGCUCCAGAGUUCUCUUCUGUUUUAUUUCACCACUCCAUCAUCUCUCUCUCCAUCACCAUGAGUUCCCGCUCUGCGUACUUCUCCUACACCACGCCCGUGUCGCGCAGCGCCUUCAGCACCUAUGGCGGAGCAGGAGGUCAUGGCACCAAGAUCUCCUCAGCCUCGACCUACAGCAGCCUGCGUUCUGCCCCACUCGGCUCAUCCAUCUCCUCCUCCACCGCCUUCAAGGUGAGUUCAGGGCUGGGAGCUGGAGCAGGAACCGGAGCGGGUUUGAGCUCCAGACCUGGAGCCAUCCUGGGAGAUGAGAAGGGUCAGAUGCAGAACCUCAAUGAUCGUCUGGCCUCGUACCUGGAUACAGUGCGCAGGCUGGAGAAAGAAAACACCAAGCUGGAGGAGAAGAUCAGAGAGGCCAUGGCGAAAUCUGGACCAGAUGCACGUGACUACAGCAAGUACAAUGCCAUCCUGGACAGUCUGAGACAAAAGAUAUUUGAUGCCACAAUGGAGAAUGGCCGUCUCGUUCUGCAGAUCGACAACGCUCGUCUGGCUGCAGAUGAUUUCAGAGUCAAGUUUGAGAACGAGCUGUCCAUCAGGCAGUCUGUGGAGGCCGACAUCGCAGGCUUGAGGAAGGUCAUCGAUGACACAAACAUCGGUCGUGUGAACACCGAGAGCGAGCUGGAGGCCUUGAAGGAGGAGCUUCUGCUGCUCCAGAAGCACCAUGACGACGAAGUGGCAGAUCUGCGUAAUCAGAUCACACAGUCGGGCGUGCAGGUGGACAUCGAUGCUCCGAAGGGACAGGACCUCGCUCAGGUCAUGGAGGACAUAAGAGCAAAGUAUGAGAAACUGGCGAUGAAGAACAGUGAGGAACUGAAAAUGUGGCACGAAAACCAGAUAAUGGAUGUGCAAGCUCAAGUGUCACAAAACACAGAAGCAUUACAGGGAGCUCAGCUGGAGUUGAACGAUCUGAAAAGACAGAUUCAGACGCUGGAGAUCGAGCUCGCAUCGCAGCAAAGCCUGAAAGCAUCUCUGGAGGACACGUUGAGGAACACCGAGCUCCGCGCCAACACUGAGGUGGAGAAAUAUAACAGCAUCAUCAUCCAGCUGGAGGCCGAACUGGCACAGCUGAGGGCGAAGAUCACCGAGCAGGGGCAGGAGUACCAGACUCUCCUCAACAUGAAGAUGAAACUCGAGGCAGAAAUCGCCACCUAUAAGACCCUGCUGGAUGGAGAAGAUUUAAAACUCCAGGAUGCUCUGGAUUAACCCCAAGGAGAAGAGCUGAAAUGGUUAAAACUCCAAACUCUCACUUCCUGUGAAAAUCUGACCUUCAGGGUCCGAUCUGCUCCAUUUUCACUCAAAACCUGUUGAAGAUACCAUUAAAGCUUUCCCCUUUUUGCAGCA